AACACCCUGCUUCCCUGGGUGUCUUGCAGCCUGCAACGUGUGGUACCUGAACUCCGUGGAGAUGGAGUCGCUCACGGGCCCCCAGGCCGUCCAGAAGGCCCUGAGCCUCACCCUCGUGCAGGAGCCGUCUCCCCUGUGUACGGUCGUGCACUUCAAGGUGUCGGCCCAGGGCAUCACCCUGACGGACAACCAGAGGAAGCUCUUCUUCCGGAGACAUUACCCCGUGAGCAGCGUGAUCUUCUGCGCAUUGGAUCCACAGGACCGGAAGUGGAUCACGGAUGGCCCCUGCUCGAGAGUCUUCGGGUUUGUGGCCCGGAAACAGGGCAGCGCCACGGACAAUGUGUGCCACUUAUUCGCGGAGCACGACCCCGAGCAGCCUGCAAGUGCCAUCGUGAACUUCGUGUCAAAGGUCAUGAUCGGGUCCCCUAAGAAGAUCUGAGCCCCUCCCAGCCAGAGACCCGAGCGGGGCUGGGGCGUCCCCCGCGAAGCAACUGGCCAGCCUGACGUUCCAGCCCCAGGAGGGCGAGGGGCUCCUCCUCCGGCUUCACGGACAGGAGGACAGAUGGCCCCCCCUUCUGCUGUCCUUUCCUGAAAGACUGCUCACUGACACGUCUCUGUGGCCAAGCGCUUCCCGGGUGGAGGAAAUUGGGCUCCACGCCGGCAGGGGCCCCCCUGUUCCUUGCACGCCGGCGUUUGUGGUGAGGAGGGCGCCCGGCCCCUGCACGUGGCCCCUGGGUGACCGGCGGCGCCAUCAGCCUCAUGGAGGGCCCCCGUCCACCCAGCACCCAGGGGGAGGCCUCCCUCCUCCACGACAGAGACGCUAGCUCACCGAGAAGGGGAUGCAUGUUUGCUGAAGGUUCGUGCAGGUCAGGCCCUUCCGGAACUCUGGGGGCAUGAGCGAGGGGGUGACGUGAUGGCUGUGAGGACCAGGAAGGCCACCCAGUCCCGGGGGAGGGGCACCGUGAGCCCCGGCCGGGCAGGCAGGUGGCAGCUCCAGGCUCUCACUCUGGCUCCGAACGGCAUGUUGUCCGUGAGAGCAGAGGGAACAUGGACGCGAAAUGUCUUUUCAUAUAAUUUAUAUUCUACUUAUGCCAAACUAUUUAUGAUAAAUUGCUGGGCAGGACGGGGUCCCACUUCUGGGGGCUGCCAAGCCGAACCCAUGCCCACGAUCAAGGGCCGCGUCCCCAACAGGCCGGCCACAGCAGCCUUGACCACCCCAGUACCACCCCAGUCCUUGCCAUGGACAGUUCGGGUCCAGGCGGCGGCGGGUGACGUCCUUUCUGGGGAGGAAGUUUCCGGAGGGUGGGUCACCUUUGGGUGGAGACUCGGCCCUGCUCUCCACGGCUCUUCUCGGCCCUCUGUGAGCCGUUGGCCCCUUGUUCCCGCCUCUACGUGUUUCUGGCCUCCCGAGCAGAGGAGGAAGGGGAGGAAGAUGAUGAAUCUCAGUCCUUCAAGGCUGUUCUUGAGCUGAGGGCCACUCCUCUGCAUCUCCUGGGCGACCGAAUCAGGGGUGCUGGUCACGCCAAGCCUCCAGUGUGUCCCCCAGGGCGGGAGUUGGGGCUGACAACGGCAGACGGGAGGCUCGGUCUCCUCCCGCACAGCCGGGACGCCCCGCGGCUCUGGGGCCCGGGGAGCUGCCCACUCUGCCCGACUUUCCAAAAUCAAGAUCAGCUCUUCGGCCCCCCCGCGAGUCACCAGCGGGCACCACACCAGGGGUGGAAACGUGGUUGUGAGUUCUCUGUGUGAAACGGGUCAGAGACGGACGUGCCGACUGGCAGAGCUGGAAGCGAGACGCAGGGGGGUGUCGUACGUGUGUGAAAGCAGGUGGACGGGUCCACUGCAGCUCCUGUCGAUGCACCAAACAUAAGUGCCUCAUUUCUGUGCCAAAUGUCUGCCUUGGUCUUCGCGGACCUUCUUCCCCGACAGGUGUUGGUGUGGAAUGCACUGGUAUCUCCCGGGGGCCCCGGGGUCUGGUCCUCGGCAGGGGCGGCUGGCAUGUUGGGAUUCCAUUCGUGGCAGAAAUUCAGCCAAGGGGACCCAAGGUGCCGUCCCCAAGGGGCACCUCAUCCCAAGGUGGCUUCUACCCAUUUUGACCCAAAGACCGCAGGUCGGGUCCCUCAUCCUUCCGACCAAGGACGAGAGGGCUCGUUUACAGACCGGAGAGCGGGUGGGGGUGGGGCCCAGAAGCACAAGCUGGUGGACGAUAUGGGCAUCGGGGCCUCCUGUGUGGUCCCUGUCCAGAGCAUUCAAGAAGACGCACUCCCUGGCCUGUGAGACAGACCGGCCGGCUGUGGCUUUUCCUCGCAGUGGCCAGGGUGUCGGGAAGUUUGCUCCCUCUGCGGAGCCUAGGGACGCCGAUUCCCUGGUUCCUGACGAGCUGGUACGACAGGUUUCUUCCUAUGUUACACGUGCAUCACACAGAACGAGAGGAAUCCACGAACUGGGGGCUCAGAGCAUGGCAAGCUGCACCCCCACCCCCACGCAGGCUCGGGGACACUCCGCGCGAUCCCUGGCACGGGGGUCCCGUCCCGGGGAGGUCGAGGGUCCCCACCGCGUCACAGCCAGGGUCCUAUUAACCUGCUCAUUAACCGGACGCUGUGUUCCUCCAGUGUUAAUCUAUACCCGCGGCGAGUCACACCGAAUUUAAGGGUCGCCGUGUGCAUCCUCAGUGUCAAAGACCUCGUGUCUCCUUAGCUGCCUUGCUUAUUAGUGGGUAUUUUUACUUUUCUUAUAUUGUAAAGAAUAUAUCCAGUUAUGUAAAUGAAUGUUCUAUAAACCCUUUGUAUAGUCAUUUUCUCUGCUUUUCAGAUACCCUCUCUAUUCAGAGUAUAAUAAAAUUAUACACGCGGGAAAGCCUCGGCGAGGCAGA